UCAGACAGUUGAAAACUAUAGGCAGAUCAGGAACGAGCAAGUGAAAAUGCUGCCAAGUGAAAUUCUGUCGUUUAGAAAAGGACUGUAAAAGAUAGGUUUGACUAGCUGUCAAGGUGUCAAUAGAAGUGUGUUGUCACUGAAGGCGUGAUCAGGGAGCCGAGGAGACAUGGGGUUGUACAAUGAACAAGGGGAGGCUGUUGGAGACCCAGACACACAGAAGGUCAUGAUGCCUAAAAGCUGUCAUGGUGGGGUCGGAGUUGGAAUCAGAAGCUCCACGUCUCCACGAAUCAGAAGCUCCACGUCCCUGAGCAGACAAACAUCCAAACAGCGCUAUAGAGAGGACUUUAAUGAUAUGUUGUUCAUAGUGGGCGGCUGGACUCCGGAGGACCCGUCCUGCCCGGUGGAACAGUUCUGCCCCCUGGAGAACGAAUGGAAGAACAUGGCCUCCAUGACCCAUCACCGGGGUAACGUGGCUGUCUGCAGCCUGCAAGGGAACAUCUACACAGUGGGCGGGUUUGAUGGCGUCUCCUACAAAAGCAGCGUGGAAAGGUACGACCCACAAACCAACUGGUGGAGUAACGAUGUGGCUCCCUUGACCAGCCCCCGCAGCAGAGUCUGUGUGGUGGAGAUGAAUGGAUACAUGUACGCCCUUGGAGGCUAUGACGGCAUGGCCUGCACUAACACUGUUGAAAGGUAUGAUCCCAAAAUGAAUAGCUGGACGAAGCAGGCUCCGAUGCUAAGCCGACGUUGUGGUGCCGCGGCUGCUGUGAUGGACGGUCAGCUCUAUGUGAUUGGAGGCAGCGAUGGAGUUACAGCCAUGAACACAGUGGAGCGUUUCAACAGUUUGGACGGGACGUGGGACGCGUGCCCCGCCAUGUCGACUCCUAGAGAGAACGCAGGCUGCUGUGCGUAUAUGGGACGUCUCUUUGCGGCCGGGGGACAGGAUGAACUCCACCUGGAGCUCAACACCGUGGAGAAGUUCGAUCCGGACUCAUUGCGGUGGACCCCCGUCAAACACAUGAGGAGCAAGAGGAACGACAUGUCUCUGAUGGUGUUCAAUGGGUUGUUGUUAGCGGUAGGAGGCUGUGAUGGCAUCACCAAUCUGAAGACAAUAGAAGUCUACAACCGCGAGUCAAACACGUGGAGCCACUUUGGGAGCACGAGGACCAAGCACCCGGGGGGCCAUGUUGUCACCUUGACUAGCGUUUGACCCGAGAAAACAGCGCUGAAUGACAGCUUAUCGAUAUACGUAUUUACAUCCAAUCUGUUUAAAUUAGUGAUUUUGAUGUAUUGAUGGAGUUACCUACCUAUAAAAUCUACUACACAUUUUCACAUUCAGAGAAGAAUUCUGCCAAAAGGUGUCAAAAUUAAUGAAAAAUAAAUGAAGAUGAAUUGAUUGCAUUCACACCCAACAGUUAAUUAUGGAAGCAUCUUUCCAGCCAUAACUGCAGUGGAUAAUUUUGUACAAAUAUUAGACUAUAUUCAUUGUUCUUCUAUGAAAAUUGCUAAUGCAUUGCAAAUUUUGUUGGGAAUCAAUAAUGGACAGCAGUGUUUAAGCUUAUUUUAAAAGAUUUGAGUCAAGCCUAAGACUGGACCAUUCAAAUCCAACACCCAACUUAAAAGUCAGUAUGGUGUGUAUGGGUUUACAAUA